AACGCCGCCAACAAAAUGGAGAAUGCGAAGAAGUCUGUGGAGUUGACGGAGGACGAGUUAGAGGCCUUCUCGCGACUCGUCCUUCCGGAACCCAAAACAGGGGAGUGCAUAUACAAUCAUUUCGCCAUCACAGGCAUCCGAGUCGACCGAGUCGAACCCGGACUCGUUGUCUGUACUCUCAAGGUCCCUCCCCGCCUCACUGAUAGAGCUGGAAAUCUGGCUAAUGGUGCAAUUGCAAACCUUGUUGAUCUAGUUGGUGCUUCUGUUCAUUUUAGGGGUCUCCCCAUGAACGUUUCGGUGGACGUUUCCAUCUCGUAUCUGUCAAAGGCGAAGCUUGGUGAUGAGUUAGAGAUCACCUCAAAAAGUUUAGGACAACGAGGUCGUUAUUCCGGAGUAUCGGUACUUAUGAGAAACAAAGCAACUGGGGAGAUGAUUGCUGAAGGUCGACAUUCAUUGUUUCGUUCUGCUGCUAGCAAACUCUGAGUCAUUACCAGAGCUGUACAUGAAGGGAAAUCUCCAUUUAUGGUUGUUUUCCCUUGUAAUUAUUCUUUUCCUUUUUAUGUAGUAGAGAUCAUAAUCUUAAAAGGACGUAGGCCAAUACCCAAAUUGGUGCUUUUCUCCCGGAGCACCCGAAUCUUUGUUUCUGUGUCUCUUGAUUCUCCUUAUGAAAAAUGAUGGACAUAAAUAACUUCGCUUA